CAUGAAGGGAUGCUGUGCACCAAAAGAAAAGUAGGAACAAUUGAAAGGUGGAGACAGAAGGGAAAAGGGAGCUGGGAGUUGCCCCAGUGUUUUACUAAGAACAAAUGCGAAGAAGUCUGAAUUCUGUGGAUGCCGAAAACGGAGACGGUGCUAGUGUGUCCCACUGCUGAAUGCUUGCAUGGCAGGUGGAGAGGAGCAUCUGAGACCGGACAAAGAAAGAGGAAUCCUUGGCUGACAGCUUGUGGCUGGAGCAUCCUUUGCCUCGGUACCCUAUUUUUGGAUGGAUGGUUUGGCAUUGCACUCAGAAAAGCUCUUCUAGUUGGCAGCUAUGAAAAGAAGACAGGAUGGAAUAUAGAACUGAGAGAGCUACCACUGGACUGGCAUGAAGCUGUCCUCUUCCUACCAGGCAGUAUUGUAAAGGUCCAGUUUGAAAGUCUGUGGUACUGCUAAUACGUCAUUGGAUUAGAUAGAAGACAUAAUUUGGUAUGACUAAAAAGGUAGAAUCUUCCCCCACCCACCCCUUCUUCCUUUGGUUAAUAAAAUAUUAUCUAUUCUUUUAAAAUGGUAGCUUUUGUUUGUUUGAGUUUGUCAAAAUGGAACAUUUUAAUGGCUUACAAGCAUAUUUUGUCAGGUAAACCCCUUCUCUCAGUUGCAUUGGAAAGCACUUGUAGCUCAUGAUCCUGCCCUCUCCUGCGUAGAGUUUUAAAGAGAGAAUGGGGCUUCUUCCCCGAUUCCCAUCCAGUCUUUCUCUCCACUCAGUGCAAGUCACCGAAGCUCAAUAAUUUGCAACCAGGUAGAGCAGUGCUCUUUCUUCAAGUGAGAGGUUGCAGUGGGAAGACAGCAAGAGAAAAAUGGUAAGAAUAAAAUUAAAAGUUCAAAGAACAGGCACAGUUAUAGCCAGCGUCAGUUGAACUUAAGCCCUAGAGUGGUACAGUGGUAAAGAAUGCCAGACUAAGGACAUCUGGACUCUAGUCCUCACUCAGCCAUGACGCUCAGUGGGUGACUUCAGGCCAGUCAAUCAUUCCCAGUCCAUUCCCUAUUACAAGGAGUUGCUUAUAAGCUGCCUUGGUUUCCUUGCAAAGGGAAAAAGGCAGGAAAUAAAUUUAAUAAUACUAACACCAAUAAUAAUAAUUUCAGUGGGUCUGCUCCAAGUAUGAUUGGCAUAGGAAAGAAGCUGCAGUAGGAUAUGAAGCAGAGAAACAAUCUAACCAGAGCUAAGAAUUUUAAGUCCCACUACACCCUAGGAUAAUGCCUUCAUUUGUUGUUCUUCUGUGCCAUCUAAUUAUCUCUAGCUUAUGGUGACCCUAUGAAUAAAAGCCCUCCAAAAUAUCCUGUCCGUGACAAUCCUGCUCAGCAAUUCCAAGUUCAGAGCUUUGGCUUCCUUUAUGAAGUCCAUCCGUCUCAUAUUUGGUCUUCUGCCUUCAACUUUCCACAGCACGACUGUCGUCUUCAGGACGUGUUUCCUUCUUCCCUUCCCUUCUUAUGAUGUCCCCCAAGUAUGACAGUUUCAAUUCUGACAUUUUUGCUUCCUGAGAAAGUUCUGCCUUGAUUUGAUCUAAGAUCUUCUUCAGUUUUUUUUUUUUUGGCUUUCCUCUCCCUUAUUGAACCAUGUUAUGCAAACUCUUUCACAAUUGCAGUGUCUCCAUUAUUGAGAGUAGUUGUAGUUGUCAUGACUUCCAUUUUCUUAAUGUUCACCUGCUGUCCUGCUUUUGCCGUUCUUCUUGUGCUUUCAAUUCAUUGCUGCUUCUUGCCAGUAAAUUGGUAUAUUCUGCAUAUCUUAAAUUAUUGAUGUAUCUUCUGCCAAUUUUCAUGCCUUCCCCUGAUCCUAGUCCAGGUUUUGCAUAAACAUUGAACAGAUAGGGAGAUAGAAUGCAUAUCCCUAGUAUAUAUAAAAUAGGGAAAUAAAAUACUUUUUGCCUACAAGAAACCAUUCUGCUUCUCUGUGUUCUGUCCUAACUAACUUCUUGUCCACGAUACUGAUUACACAUAUGAACUAUCAAGUGCUGAGGUACACCUGUUUCUUUCAGGACCAUCAAUAGCUUCUCAUGGUCCACAUAGUCAAAGGCUGUAGUCUAUAAAACAUAGACUGAUCUAUUUCUGAGAUUCUUUGGUGCAUGCUAGUAGCCCCUAUAUUUUUUGAUAGGAUCUUGAGUAUCUCUUCCUUGCUGGAAUCCCAACUUGCACAUCAGGUAUUUCUAAUUCCAUUUAGGGUUAAAUUCUUUGCUGCGACACCUUGAGCAUCACUUUGCUUGCAUGUGAAAUUAGUGUGAGGAUCCUAUGGUUGUUGCACUGUUCUGCAUCUCCUUUCUUGGGGAUUGAGGGGUAUAUUGAAUGUUUCCAGUCUGUAGGUCUUUGUUUGUUUCCAUCUUUAUUGCCAGAUUCUUGUUGCAUUUUGGACUGGUUCAGUCUCUGUGGCUUGGAAUAGUUCUGCUGGAGUCCUCGAUGCCCUGGGAGCUUUACUUCUUCCUAGUGCUUUCACAGCAGCUUUCACUUCGCUUCCAGUCCUCUUCCUCCUAGGAUUUCUUUCUGAAGGACUCUGUCAUCCUUUCAUCUCUUCUGUAGAGUUCUUCCAUAUAUGCUUUCUGCCAUCUGGCUAUUUUAUUCUGUCAAAUAGCAUGUUCCUUCGUUUGUCAUCCAGCAUUCCUAAUACAGCUUUGAAUUGCUCUUCGCUUUUAUUUAUUUAUUGUUGGCUCUUCUGGAAGAGAUCUCUUGCUUUUCCUGCAUUAUAAUACCUUUAUUAGGACCAGCCAACACAUCUCAGCCAUAAGCACACUUUUGAGUUCUCCAGAAUGCCUUUUCAAAACUGAAAGCGGAGGGAGGAAGAGAGGUCAGAGUCACAAAAUCUGUAGUCUGAAGCUGCUGCAUUCUGCUUAGUGCUUGAAACAGAACUAAGAGCAUCGUUCCUACAGUCCCUUGACAUUGUCUGGAGGGUUUUGGAGCCCAGGUUCAGAAGGCCAAGCCCCUCUGCAGCUUGCAUAGAAAGAUCCACUCUGGCUGCCUCUCCAAGGACACCCCUGGACCUUGGAGAGGCUGAAAAGGGGUGUGCUGCAUACUCCAGUGUAGACACCCCAGCCUUCUUCCCUCUCUGACACUUAAUCUAGACAUCUAGAUAAAAUAUGUGAUGCAAGGCAGGGCGCUGGUGAUUGCUGCUUCCAAAUACAUUGAAAUGCACCCAAGCCUCUAAGUCCAAAGAUCUCCAGAAACAGGGUCUUAGAUCUGAAAGAAGGUCUUAGAUUGUGCCCUUCAGAACUGAUACAUUUUAUAUUGAGGAUUUCUGCCUUGAGGAGUCCAAAUCCUCUCUUUGCUUUAAUUUCUUGUCCUGUAGUUCAAUUUUACAUGAGUUUUAGAGUGGGGGAACAGAUGCACAAAAGCCCACAGUGAAUCUGAUACCUCCUUACAAAGAACCUGCUUGCUUCUCUUCAGUCUCUAGCAAAAUAUUAACUCCACCUCAGUAAAAAAAGGAUGUGCAAAUACUUGACCUCUGAAGAAAGGUCAUGCAGUGGAAAUGCAUCACAGAUUCCUGAAGGGAACUGCCAGGUUGGCUAAUCCAAGGUCUAGCCUCGAACAGAACACCCUAACCUGUUAAAUCUCAUUGCGUAAGGGUUUUAAAAAAAUAUUUAUUAAAUUCUGUGGGAAGUUCUGUGAUUUCUGUAGAUUAUUCAGGCUGAGCCAGUUUGUGGAAUUUUCUGAUUUUGCAUAAUGUAUUCUGCAUUUUGCAUUAUUAAGGCUGGAUUUACAAGCUCUGGAGGAAAGGACAUUUUCAUUCUUUGAUGUACUAAUAACCUGCUGAACUAGGGGACAGCCUGUGAGAAAAAAAGAGCAGUUGGGUCUACAAUGAAUACAGUGUACAAACACUUGAUCCAGGUGGGGGUUGGAGACUUCUCAAAUUCUAAUUCUGGACUACCGAUGUUCUUUCCAUGAACCUCAUAAUGAGUGCCAAAAUGCAUUUUAAAAACUGGCAAUGUGUUGCAGGAUUACAGAAUAUCUUCCAGCAGCAGAUAAGCAGCAGCAUCUGCAGUGGGAUGCGAGUCCAGCUGCAGUUGAACUGGCUGGAAAUUUCUUUGGAUGCAUCUGGGAAUACACUUUCCAACCAGAGCCAUCAGCUGCUUGCUUGCAACUGAGCUGGACCAAGGACCAGCAGACAAGCUUGUUGGCACUCCCGAGGAAUGCUCAGGGAGACUUAUUCCAAGAGCAGCUUUGCUUGCUUUACCAGAGAGAACUUUUUCCUAGAAGACCUGGAUCCAAAUUACAAUGAAGACAGUGACCCCUGCUGGCAAGUCAAGUGGCAGCUCUCCAGGUUAAUUAAAAAGAUGGUGGACAGGAACCGUGUAAAAGAGGAAAACUCAGGACAGCAAGGUGGUGGCGCGGCAGUGGAAAAAGACGCAUCUGAAAUUGCUGCACCCAGAGUUGCGGCUCAUGUGACUGCAAACAGGAACAGAAAGGCCGCUUUGACCAUGCAAAAUUCCUCAACCAGGAACAGCGUAGGCUUCAAAAUAAACACGUGGGAGACAUCCCGAAGGGGCCAUUCCUUCCUCUACAAUGUAGAGUUGAGCAACGGAGAACUUAUCAUACCACAGACUGGCUUCUAUUACAUCUACUCUCAAACUUACUUUCGGUUCCAUGAAUCCGAGGAUGUAGAAAUUGACUCUGAUCCAGGCUCUGACAGUGUCAGAAACCCUAAGCAAAUGGUUCAGUACAUUUACAAGCGCAAUGACUACUACCCAGACCCCAUCUUAAUCAUGAAAAGUGCAAGAACUAGCUGUUGGUCUAAAAAGGCUGGAUAUGGACUUUAUUCCAUAUACCAAGGUGGUGUAUUCCAGUUACAAACCAAUGAUCGGAUUUUUGUCUCAAUCAGCAACGAGGAACUGGUGGACAUGGAUAAAGAAGCAAGCUUCUUUGGAGCAUUUCUGGUCUCAUGAAAAUGAGAAUGUCCAAAGUCUUUAGAACAAUGAGCGAAAUCUGGAGAUGUGACUUUGUGUCGCAUAAAGAGAAAGUUUACCGUAAUGUUUUAACUGGAAUAGCUGGGAAGACUUUUUUCCAUUGGACCCGUGUUGCGCUUUCUUGGGUCUUAUUCUUUCCUUGGCGAAGUCAUCUGCCAAAGUCCACAAGAUGUUAGUGGUUGCCAUGCCACACAACAAAGUGCCUAAAUUACUUUCCAACCGAUUUAUUUUGGAAGGAUCAGUUUGAAAGCCGCAGUGACCACUGAAAACCACAUGCAACCAACUGCACCUGUGAAGGAAUGCACAGUGGGAAUCCCGCAUCCCACUCACCUGUGAUCAUACUUCCACAAAGUUUGCGUUGUAGUAGAUUGAAUCGGUUGGACUGGUGCUAUGGUCUUUUCUGACAGCAUUCAAGGUUUGACUGAAUACUUGCCCUUCUCUGAAUUGCUUCCAUUGCAAAUCUUGCACAGCAAAACAAUGAAAGCAGAACCUCACAUUCAGGAAUAUUCCAUGGACUGCCAGAACCAUAUCCCUAUAGACUUCAAGUGGGGGGAAAUUACAGCCCCAUAGACUAAAACCUUCCCUCGAUAUGGUCAGGUUUGUGCACGCUCAUUUUCGUGCCACGGAGCAUUCAGACAUACAGCUCUCUUCAUGCACUCUGAAUUGGUGGCUCAUCUCUUUUAUCCAUCAUUGUAUGAAGAAGCCUACAGUGCACAGUAGAUAGUUGAUGGGAUUACAGAGAGUGUGGAAAAGUGACCCAAAUCACAGGUUGCAAUCCUGUGUUUUCCUUCAAAGCGCGUCUACUCAUGUAAAGGGAAAGCCCUACCUUCAUUUAAUUUUUAACCAUAUGCUCACAAAAAAACAGAGAUCUAUGUUCCUUUUUGUAGACCUUAUGAGCCAGUGUCAUGAAUACUGCAAACAGGGUUGUCUGAACUAUGGAAAUCAACAGAUGGUCUCGAGAAGAUGAAUAGCAUUACCUGUAGCCUGCUGUUAAAGGCACAGGAGCAAGGCCAGGUAAAAAAGUUUGCACUCUCAAAGGUGUUUAAGACCUGUGAUACUGCUAUAACACUUGAACUUACAUGCAUUUAAGUGCUUCUCUGUUCCAGAAAGGUAAGUAAAUUCAACCACUGAAUACUCAGAAGUGGAGUUAUUCCCAAAGCUCCAGGUAGGUUUGCCAUACUUUAGCUUGUCCUGCUUAACUAGCAGCCUGCCAUGUGGGCAUGUAGCUAAUGAUGCUUCCCCAUCAUGGCAGCUCAAUGCCUGAACAAGCUUCAUUUGCAUAACUUCUGGGUUUUCAGGUUGCCAAAGGCUGCCAUCUUUUCAUGAGCCAUUGCAGCUCUGCCUUAAAAAAAGCAGCUUGCUGUGUGGCCCCUUGGGGUGCAAUUUCCCUGCAUUCUAAGUUGUCUUACUUCAUUUUUUUCUUUUCAUAUUGUGACAACACUACCCAUGAGGACUGCAAAAAAAAAAAAAAAAAAAAAAAAAACCCUUGAAAGGUUUAGGAGCCUUUUUGGCUCAGUAGUUGGCAGUUUUCAUAUUGACUGGUGGGUUGUAUGCAGUUUGUACUGUGCAAGCACAAAGCAGUGGCGAGGGAACCGUUACCCGAAUAAAGAUGUAGCUUACAGGCCCUGCCCGCUACUCUAGGAGCGAGAGGAGAGUGAGCAGGCAGGAUGGGUGGAAGGCAUCUUGCAGUGCCUUGGAGUUUUCAGAAGAGCCACUCUCAGAUCAAAACCCAGGCCCUUGUUGUAUAUAGUGCUGUGAAUUUGUAUAGAAUUUCUUUUUUUCUGGGACAUUCAUUUCCUAACUUUUUUAUAAUGGCCAAAGAAGGCUAUAAGUUUGUAGGAGUUUCGUCUUGAACAGUCACAUUAUGCUUCGGCGAAUGGGGCGGCAUAAAAAUGUUUUAAUUAAUUAAUUAAUUAAUUAAUAAAAUUAUUGGCUUUACUUUCCUGAACCAGUGAGGGCUCCCAAGGGUUAGAGUGACAGGAGCAUGAAUGUUGGCUCUGUCUUCCAGCUUCAUGGGCAGGAUGGCCCCAUGGGCAAGGUCCAGUUCAGGGAUGGAACUGGGAUAAAAUGGAGCAGAGAAAGUCUGUGUGCAUGCAUGCGUGCAGGGUUCGGGUUUUACAGGUCUUCUCUGAACCCAUGGCAAGUUAAUUGUCCAGCAUUUUUCAGGAUUUUGUGGGAAUGGAAUAACUAAUGCAACCCUUGUGGAGCAGGUGAAAUUCUAGCACCUUUUGGUGGAAAAAUGCUACUCAAAACAUGGUAGCUGAGGCUCCAAGUUUUUGUUCUUGUUUUUUAUUACAUGGGGACAAAAGGGCUCACCUGUCUAGCUACUACUCUGUUGGAACUUCCAGCUGGAUUGCUAAGAAGGUGAGCAUUCUUCUGGGAGAUGAUGGGCUGGAUUCAGACUUUGUCAUACUUAAAUCAACUGGAAUUAAUAAGAUUUGCAUCCUGACCAACUUAAAUCUCACUCAUUUAAAUGGAUCUGCUGUAAGUAUGACAAUCUGUUAACCCAUUCCAUCCCUCCAGGGAGAAGGGACAAAUAAUAGAAAAAGACAUGACAAAACACCCACUCAGCUACCUCAUGUUUUUGGAAGUCCCCUGGACGCUGCAAAAAGGAAGUGCCUUCAUUUUCAUAGAACAAAAAUAGGCAUGCAGAAUUAUGAAGGAUUUGUUUCAAAUUCUGUGUUUCAUUUUUGCAUUUUUAAUACAGAGACAUGUGCUGACAAAAAAAAAAAAAACAAAAAAAAACCAAUAGUUUUGCUCUUCUGUAAUGCUACUUCUUGAUUCUGUUAUUUUUCUUGUUGAUCUGGACACAAGCCGUUGUAAAUAUUUUUUUAAUAAAACAGAUUUUUCACCAA